ACACGCGCAGCAGAUCAGAUCACAUCACACCAGACCGAGCCGUUCCCGCAUCGGGAUCGUGCAGUUUAGACCGUUCUUGUUUCCAUAUCGGAGUUUGUGCAUGUGCAGAUAUUCGGAUUAACAGAUGGAGGGCUGUAAGUGAAUGAACAAGCUCGUUUAAAGCGCUUUAUCCAGGACGUGUCUGAAGCUUUGAUGUACAUGCUGAUGCGAGAUCAGAUUACAGGCAUCAGCAUCAGACCGCAGGCUUUCAUCUGAGCUUUUACUUCAGAGCUGGACACGGGACGGGUUCAGACCUCAGCAGCGAGCGCACUGGAUCAGUUUACCGCAGGAGACGGCGAUCUCACGAGCGACUCGUUACCGUGUACUGUAUGUGAGAAAGACCUUUCACAAUGCCCCGCGCUCUGAUCCUCUCCAGUUUUCCUCUUCAGAGGAUACUCGUCCUUCCACUGUGUGUUAUGUUUGCAGUAAUGGCCGAGGAGAGAAGAGAUUGCAGGGAGCAGGAAUACCAGGAUAAGUCUGGAAACUGUAUUCCCUGCCGGCAGUGUGAUGCUGGACAAGAGCUUUCCAAGGAAUGUGGCUUUGGCUUUGGGGAGGAUGCCCAGUGUGUGCCCUGCAGAGCCAGUCGCUUCAAAGAGGACCGCAGCCUGCAGAAAUGCAAGCCCUGUCUGGACUGUUCCCUCCUCAACCGCUUCCAGAAGGGGAACUGCUCCACCACCAGCAACGCCGUGUGCGGAGACUGUCUGCCCGGAUUUUACAGAAAGACGAAGUUGAGAGGAUUCCAGGACAUGGAGUGUAUCCCGUGCGGAGAUCCGCCGCCAGCGUAUGAACCAAACUGUAUGGGGCGAGUAGAUUUUGUACCUGUCCAGCCUGCGGUGACCAGCCCCAGAGACAUGGCUCUAGCAGCGGUCAUCUGCAGCGCGUUGGCCACCGUCCUGCUCGCUCUCUUCAUCCUGUGCGUCAUCUACUGUAAGAGACAACUGCUGGAGAAGAAACCAGUUUCACCGAGGUCCCAUGAGGGUCCUUAUGUGGGGUCUGAGUUGUCUUGUCUGGAGUUUUCCCAGCGGCCUUGUUGUCAGUGUCGUCCCGGAUCAGGACAGGCCUGCGGUCCUGUGCACCUGAUCCAGAGCCGCGGCAGAGAGACUCGUCCCUUUCACUCUCACAGCAGUCUCAAUGAAGGUUUGGUGAAUCUGUCACUGGGAAGCAGCCAGGCAGAUAUGGGAUGUGCACCUGAUGAGGCCUGGCCUCUCGUUCAGAGCGGCGCAAUCUUAGACGCCCCCCAGAGAAGCUCCUCGUGUGAUGAGGAUGAGGAUGAGGAAGGAGCACCUCAGGGCUCAGGUCUGGGACCAGUCAAACACUCGGCUUCUACAGCCACAGCUGUCUGCGACUGAAGGAUGACCUGCUCUUAUCUCACCUGUUGCAGAUCUCCGAGAGCCACUCUGGAUGAAGAAAGAGCAAAGAAGAUCCCACCUCAGAUUAAAUCAGGCCACACACACUCAAAACGUGUGUUCUGCUCCUCAUUCUCCAGUCGUGUUUGACACUCAGCCAACAGCGGCCUAAAGACUUUAUUAAUGUGUAAACAAAACCACACGAGACAAAAGAAAGCAGUAGAUGUUUAGCUCUGUCUACCUGUUGAGGUGGAUGAAGUUCAGGUUCAGCUGCAGUCGACCUGAACUGGUUUGCAUUGCCCUUUGCAGUACAUUGCAGUUCCAUUGAUCAACCUGUGCGUGUGUGUGUGUGUGCUGAACUGUAGAUAUUGUAUUAUAGGAAAUAGAAGGACAAUAUUUUUAUAAUAUACUGUAGAUGCCCAUCUUGUGCCUUCACUCUUGUUUUUCGUAAUGAUGUAUUGCGAAUUCAUAUAAAAGAUAUGAAUUUUGCUGCGCGUCAGAUUUGUAAAUAAAACUUGAUAAGCUUUGCUGGAGUACUGAA